UGUACAGCAUACAUAGUCAAAGAUUUUAGGUCAGUCAAAGUGGUCAGGUAUUCUGCCACGGUGUACUCUGUUUAGGGUCAAAUAGCAUUGUAGUUUGCUCUGGGGUUUUUGUAAAUUCUUUCCAAUGUGUCAAGUAAUUAAAUGUGUGGUUUCACCCCACCACUGCUCACCAGGCAAAAGGUUAUACAAUCCCACGUAAACCCAGUGCAGUAGGUGGGGCCUAAAAGUAAUCGGAGGCAGAGUGACAGAUCACUCGUCCUUGCUCUAAGGUUGUUGUGAACGAUGUUAUCGCAACAUUCGGAGAACGAACAGAAUUCGCAAGAUUCGAAUCGAGGAAGUGGGGUGAUUGCAGAACUACUGUGCAAUUCUAAAGCUUCUUGACGCCAUACCGCGACCCGAGCGAGAAGAAUGACUCCCCGGAGAGUGUUCGCGCUACCCAGGCAGCAAUCCCUGUUUCUUCCGGCCGUCCUUAAUCCUUUUGUGCAGGAGGUGAAAUUGGCCAAGGCUGACAUUAUCAAAUGUGUAUUCCGGGGAAUCUUCCUGGUACCUAUCCGUGCCAUCUUCCUGACUCUGGUUCUCAUGGUAACAUGGCCUGUUGCUGUCAUAACAACAUUCAUGCACCCUCUCAAAGGAGCAGUGGCACCCAUGACCGGAUGGAGACGGUUCAUGUGUCGGCGUGUGAUGGCAUUCCUGGGGAGGUCCUACUACUUCUUCAUGGGCUUCAGGGUGGUGGUGAAGGGCCAGCAGGUGAGCAGUGCAGAGGCCCCCAUUCUGGCUGUAGCCCCACACUCCACCUUCUUUGAUGGCAUUGUGUGCAUCGUAGCAGGCCUGCCCUCCACUGUGUCCCGCACUGAGAACCUCGCCACUCCUAUAUUUGGCAGGUUUGUGCGGUGUCUCCAGCCGGUGCUGGUCUCCAGACAGGACCCAGACUCCCGUAAGAACACCAUUAUGGAGAUAGACAGCAGAGCCAAGUCCGGAGGCCGCUGGCCACAGAUCCUGGUCUUCCCUGAGGGGACUUGUACAAAUCGCUCAUGUCUCAUCACUUUCAAACAAGGUGCCUUCGUCCCUGGGGUCCCGGUGCAGCCUGUGGUCAUGAGAUAUCCCAACAGACUGGACACUGUGACUUGGACUUGGCAAGGCUUCAGCUCGAGAACCCUGCUGCUUCUCACUCUGUCUCAGCUCUACACCAAUGUAGAGAUAGAGUUUCUUCCUCCAGUUACCCCUACUGAGGAGGAAAAGAAAAGACCUGUGCUGUUCGCCAGGACAGUACGAAAUGUUAUGGCCCAGGCCCUGGGUGUGCCAGUGACGGACCACACAUAUGAGGACUGUAGACUGAUGAUCUCGGCUGGGGAGCUCACCCUGCCAAUGGAGGCUGGUCUAGUGGAGUUCACUAAGAUCAGCCAAAAACUUGACCUGAAGUGGGACAACGUGAAGAAGGAGCUGGAGGGCUUUGCAGCUGUGGCCUGCUCCUGUAAAGGAGGCCGCAUCAACAUCCAGGAGUUCGCCAGCUUCCUCAAGCUGCCCAUCAGCCCCACCCUGCAGGAGCUGUUUGCUCUAUUUGACAGGGAUGGAGAUGGCACCAUUGACUUCAGAGAGUAUGUCAUCGGUGUAACCAUCUUAUGUCGGCCAGCUAACACCGAAGAGGUCCUCCGCACAGCUUUCCAGCUGUUUGACACUGACGAGGACCAAAGAAUCACUCAUGAAGAGUUCUCCUCCAUGCUUCGCUCUGCUCUAGGCGUGUGUGACCUCAACGUCUCCAAACUCUUUAAGGAGAUAGAUACAGACAGCUCUGAAUUCAUCACUUUCUCCGAGUUCCAGGCGUUUGCCCUGAACCACCCAGAGUAUGCCAAGCUGUUCACCACCUAUCUGGAGCUCCAGCGGUACCAGGCCCUCCAGGGGGUGGAGUCAGAACUCUCUUCCACCAAUCAUGUCCCCUCUGAGGACAACCAGGAAGAGAGCAUCUCUGACAAGAAGGACGACUAAGUCUGAGGCAGAGACUGAUCUACUGUUAAUAAUACAGUUAUUUAAGAUCCAAGGUGAUUUGUUGAUCAGUAAGUCUGCAGUUGCCGACUGCAAUGUUGUCGAUCUAGAUCAUGUACAGAGACGGAACUCUUUUUGAGCUCUCAGUUGAAUACACAGAGAGACAAACUACUGAGUCUGAUGAACCACAACAUAAUCUUUUCUAUUGCACUGUUUUUAGAGAACUGGAACCUCAAUUUGACCUCAUAGGAAAUAAGAUGAUGUAUGUUUAAAUUAAUGUUGCUUUUUUGCUUAAAUUCUUUCUAUGAUUUUUUUAGUGCCUUAAAAAGAUUUGUAAGCGAGGUUUGUAAGAGCUAUUGUUUGUGUUUCUGUACAGAUGGGGUGGAAUCAGACCUCCAAGUAUAUUUUUUCAGAUCCUUGUUUAUGGCAGUAAUGUGGUCAUAGGAAGGUUGAACAAUAUACGGAUAUCCACUUAAUCCUAACGUUUUUAGGAAUUUACUCAUAGCAAUGUUGAACUUUUUUAUAGAUUCCCCUGCUGAUUUUGAUUUAAGGCAUCCCAUUGUUUUGUCAUAGUUUUGCCUCUUCAGAUGAAAACUACCUAGUGCCAGCCCAUAAUGUAUUUAAAUGACCUGGAUACCCUUCUGAGAUGACUGUAUCCUGUACUCUUUAAUGUGUCUGCCUGUUCACCUCUGUUUUCUACAGAUUUUCCUUGAAGAUAACAGGAAAGGCUGCCAAACGUUGCUUUUGAAUGAGUUGAAAGUCUUUAAUGUAUGACUGGAUUGCAGAAAAUUGUCAUUAUUACAUUUUUCUAAUGAUAUCAACCCAAUCUGGCAACCCAGCAAUAAGGAUACAUGCUGUGCUUUACAGUUUUUCCACUGCUCAGGGACACACACUGUAAGUAGUGCUGCUGUAUAAUUAGCUAAAGGUUUUGCUCUGCAUCUGUUUCUAUUUGCAUUUCCAUUGAAGAGUGAUGUUGCUGAGGCAGCAGUGGAACCUUAUGGCUUUAGCCAAACUAAAGCCCAAGCAUCUACUGAAAAAUAAGGCAAUUUGUGAGCAAAAAGGCAAGUGUGUCUAGUAAUACAUACCCCCUGGAAUACACUGUUGUAUGGUUUCAAGUUAACUAGCGUGCAUUGUUAUUUAUUUAGCAGAGCGUGUUGUUGCAAUUAUGUUAAUUUUUGUGAACACAGCAAACUUUCUGUUUUGCAAUAAAAUCCAGUACAAUUUUAA